CGGAGCAGUGUGGGGCUUCUGCUGUUGCUCCGCGGCGCGCUAUUACGGCUGAACUCGCGGCGGAUCCCAUUGGUCCGGAGACACGCACAAGCCAUUGCGUAGGUCUGACAUGGUGGUCACAAGGCAGAUGAGAGCCGUUCAAAGCUGACUCAUAUCAAAGGCCCUCUGGCUCUUUGUAGUGCUGUGUUUGCAACAGGUGACAUUUUGGGCUGCAAACCGUUUAUGGCUUUGAACGCUCGCCCUGAGUCGAACCUCUCCUGAGCCGGCCGGAAAGGAGGGGACGGAGUGGAAGAGCUGAGGGCUGCAGAGGGAAGCUCACGCUUGGCUCUGUGAUUCAUAGAAACCCAGCAACAUGAAGAUGCUCCACCUAAGAUCCAAGGAAAUGGGGGACCCCCUGAAAGACUCCAGCCCCCUCAUCGGCGCAGCCUCGUCCGGGAAGCUCCGUCUGGUCCGCCUCCUCGUGGAAGGUGGAGCUCAGGUGAACGGCAGCAACCACAGAGGAGAGACGGCCCUCCUGGCUGCCUGCAAGGCCUUGAGGGGAGAGCCAGCCGGGAUGGAGAGCGUGAAACUCCUGAAAUUCUUGCUGCAGAAUAAGGCAGAUGCCAACGCACAGGACCGGGACGGCCGCACUGCUCUUAUGUACGCCUGCAUGCAGAGAGCAGGAGCUCUGGUGGCGUCCACCCUCGUGGCUGCAGGAGCCGACCCGUGCAUGGAGGACGGCUCUGGAGCUUCGGCUUUGGUCCACGCCGUCAAUGCACAGCACCAGCCCACAGUCCAGGUGUUAAUAGAUGCUUGUCGGGCCAGAGGUCGUGACAUCAUCAUCAUUGCUACGGAGGUUGGCGUGAACAGAGGCCCGGUGACCAGGCGCUACCUGAACGUCCCUCCGUCUCCGGACUCUUCGCCCGUGUCCUGCAUGUCCCCGUCUGACAUCGUCCUUAAGACGGGCUCGCCGAGCUCGCCCGAGGCAGGAAACGUCUUCAACUUCAGAGGAACGACGGGCAAACGUGGAAGCAGCAGCAGACGCUCAUCAUGUGAGCUGAGUCAGUUGAGCCUGAGCGGCGGUCCAGCUCCCAGACAGAGGGUAUCAUCCGAGCCAUGGCUGGCCAUUGGCAGCCUGGACGCUCUGAACAGGGCCUACGAAGAGGGAGUGAGGGAGAGGAAGCUCAAGGAGGAAGGAGGCGAGCCGGGACUUGGAGGAGGAGGAGGAGGAAAGCGGAGGCCAAGAUGCAGACGACGAGCUGCGUUUCCGGAGUAAGGAAGAUGGACAAGAUGCUGGAGUUAAAGGAGAGGAUUCUAAAUGCUUGAGUGGGGACUCGCCCGUGGCUCUAACUGAGAGGAGCUCAACUAUUACGAAGUCAAACAGAGGUCUCUCUAAGAGGUGUCUGUCACCUGAAGGAUCAGACGAGAAGCUCCCAGCCAGCUCAUCUCCUCGCUUUUAUCUCCGCAGGUACACCCUCCCCUCGGUCACGGUGUUCCCACCUCCGGUUCACCUCCCUCCCUUAACAAAGCAGCCAGACUCCCGCCUGCAGGUGCCAGCUAGCGUCCUACCUGCUAAAAGCAGGCACAUGUUGUUUCAGCCUCACCCGCCCAGCUCCCCGGCACCGGAAAGAGCAGCAUUGCUCCCUCUGCUACCCCCCACCUCCUCCCUGCUGGUUGCUCCUCCCGGCUACGGCCACGGUGAGAGGAGCAGGAGGUCACUGCGCCGUCACUCAGCGCAGUUUGAACCAAGCAGGGGGGGGACAGGAUCGUUUGGACGUCUGAGACCCGACCCAACCUGAGGCAAUUCUGUUGCAGUCUGGCUUUGUUUAUUUUUGAAUGAGGGUAGUGGUCAUAGUUACUUGCUGGCUUGUUUUAUAUCAACUAGUGAGUCCUUCCUCUGCAUGAAGGACGGUUUCACCUUCAAUGGCGCGAAUGAAAAAUGAACAGCUAAAGCAAACAUAUUAAAGUUUGUAUCUUUGUGUUUUAAACUGAUUUGUCUGCGUAGCCUAAUGGAAAGCGCGUACAUUUUGCCCAAGUCGUGUAGUUUUGGAGAUGUUUUUUUUUCUGUCUUCAAGCCUUUAGCAUACUCUUCAAACUAAAUGGAGUGACCUGUGUCUCAUCUUCCACUCCCAUGUGAAAUGCUUUUAUUUUUUAAUUCUGAAUUGUUGCAAUUUCAAAUUGCAAUAAUUUGAAGUUUGCAUAAAUGUGAUGGGGUUAGAAAAACUUGACCCACGUUUUGUUUUGCAUCAACCAGAAACUUUAACCAGUAAACUGCCUUUUAAGGGGUUAGAAUGAAUGAAAAUGACCCAUUGUUCGUUACGUAUGGUAAGUACUGAAGUUUAUGGUAGACUUUAGUCCUUGCCAUAAGAAAUAAAGUUUAAUA